CUCAUUGUUUUGAGUUAUUUUAGUGCCAUUUCUUAAAAUCAUUGGUAGUUUUUAGCAAAUAUAUAUCUGGGUUUAAACACAAUCUAAGAAGUUCCUUUUAAGACAUGAAAUUGGUUAUAAAGUGAGUUGAGUUGAGAUUUAAGAAUAUGUGACUGCAAUGGGAACUUAUGCAGAUUGAAGGGUACUGGGAAUAUAACAAGUUCUAUGAAGAAGGAGUUUACAACUGUGCUGGGUGUGCAACUCCUCUUUACAAGUCUUCCACUAAAUUUGACUCUGGUUAUGGUUGGCUUGCUUUCUUUGAGGGUUUACUUGGUGCCAUCAAUCGCUCAGUUGAUGCUGAGAGAGCCUAUCAUCGAAAUGCCCUUGUCAUUCUAGAGAAACUGUAUACUGAGGUAAAAAAUUCUGGAACUUGUUCCAUAUGCAACCUAUGCGUGACCAGAAGAGAGAAGUACAGUAUUUUAUUGGUGUUCAACUCGACGAUAGUCAACAUGUGGAGCCUCUUCACAACUGCAUCACAGAAAAUACUGCAAAAGAAGGAGAACAACUGUGCUGAAAAAAGAUGAGACACUUUGCUACUAUGUGCAAGAAUGUAAAAAAUAGGAAGUCUUGUGUCAUCAAAUCUUGUCACAAGUGCCUCUUAAACAGAUAUGGAAAGACUAGAGAGAAGGCAGAAGAAGUGAUGCAGCAAGAAGAAUAGAUUUGUAUGUGAUAUUGAAUGAGGAAUGAACCAAAACAUGUUGAUAAAUACAUUUAUCAAGGAUUAGUGUAAGGACCAAGUUUCUUAUGUAAUGUGUAUCAAUUUUCUUUUUUUUUUAUAUGGAAUGUUCAUAGAGUUUAAGUGUUAUAAGAUUAUUUUUUUCUUUUCUCAUAGUAUGAUCUCAUUUUAUUUGCAUUAC